UUUUUUUUGGGGUGGAGGUGAAGGUUUUCGAUACGAGGAAAUGAUUUGUUUACUAGCUGUAGCUGGACAUUGCCUCGUUUAAAUUUUUGUUCAUUUUGGAAAAUGCAUGUUUAUAAUAUUUUAAUGUGAUUCUAGAGUCUCUUUUAUCAUUUUCUGCCUUGUUUCUGGUGAAUGUGGAUUUGGGUUUUGAGAUUUCAGCUCAUAAUGUUGGAUGUCUAGACAUGGGUAGGGAAUUAUUAGGAAUUUUUUUUGUGUAAAUUCAUUUUGAUGAGUUCUUCUUUAACUAUUUGUUUGUUUCUUAAUUAUUCACAAGAUUAUAAAAUCUGGGAAUGGAAUGCAAAUUGGCGAAUUUGUAUUUCCAACUUCAAUGCAUGAAGUUUAAUUCCCUACGCUUUUAAUGCAUCAUUUUUAAUCCUCGAUGUCUGUUUUGAAAUUAUAUAAGGCUUCAUUUCUAUAUAUGAGGAAUUGACAUGAAGGAGUUUUUGAAUUUGCAGUUAUGUUGUUAUUUUGUGAUUUUUCACGAAAGACAUCUGUUUGUUUCAUUAGGCUUUAGAAAAAGAAAUUCUCCAUAAGCGGCGCCUUGACCUCUGUAUUGAAGGCAGGAUCUGGAAUUGCCCUUUGUGGUGUUUUUUAGCAGAGUAUAAUUGCUUUGGGAUUAAACUUUGAGAGAUGACACGAGGUAGGAUAAGGGCAAGGCUCCGCCGGAGCCAUUUUCACCCAUUUUCUUGCAUGAGACCAAGAACAGAAGAUGGUAAAGGACCACAUCCAAUUGAAGGACCUGGGUAUUCAAGAGUUGUUCAUUGCAACCAACCACGUAUGCACCGGAGAAAGCCUUUAAAGUAUUGCUCAAAUUAUAUAUCCACAACAAAGUAUAACAUCGUCACCUUCCUGCCUAAGGCACUCUUUGAGCAGUUCCGGCGUGUUGCUAAUAUCUACUUCCUUUUGGCUGCUAUUCUUUCACUUACACCUGUUGCUCCAUUCUCUGCUGUGAGCAUGAUUUUUCCUUUGGCUUUUGUUGUUGGUAUUAGUAUGGCAAAGGAAGCUUUAGAAGAUUGGCGUAGGUUUAUUCAGGAUAUGAAGGUUAAUACCAGGAAAGCUAGUGUCCAUGUAGCUGAUGGAUUUGGUUACAAGACGUGGGAGAAGAUUCAGGUUGGUGAUGUGGUGAGGGUGGAAAAGGAUCAGUUUUUCCCAGCUGAUUUACUUUUAUUGUCCAGUAGUUAUGAAGAUGGGAUUUGCUAUGUGGAGACUAUGAAUUUGGAUGGUGAGACAAACUUGAAGCCAAAAAGAGCUUUGGAGGUAACAUUGCCUCUGGAUGAAGAUGAGGCGUUCAAGAAUUUUACAGGAACGAUAAAAUGUGAGGACCCAAAUCCCAGUCUUUACACCUUUAUUGGUAAUCUUGAGUAUAAUCAUCAGGUUUAUCCUCUUGAUCCUAGUCAGAUUCUCCUUAGAGAUUCAAAGCUUAGGAAUACAACUUUUGUUUAUGGGGUUGUGAUAUUCACUGGUUUUGACAGCAAAGUUAUGCAGAACUCAACAAAGUCCCCCUCAAAGAGGAGCAGAAUAGAAAGAAAAAUGGACAAAAUUAUAUACAUCCUUUUCAGCCUCCUUUUAGUGAUCUCGUUGAUAAGCUCAAUUGGUUUUGCAGUGAAGAUAAAAUUCCAAAUGCCAGACUGGUGGUACAUGCAACCAUCAAAACCUGAAAAUCUGUAUGAUCCUAAUAGCCCUGUCAAGUCAGGUCUAGCCCAUCUGAUCACUGCUCUCAUCCUUUAUGGGUAUUUAAUACCCAUCUCUCUUUAUGUUUCAAUUGAGGUUGUGAAAGUUUGUCAAGCAAAAUUCAUUGACGAGGACCUGAAGAUGUAUGAUGAAGAAACUGGCAAUACUGCUGAAGCACGAACAUCAAACUUAAAUGAGGAAUUGGGCCAAGUGGACACAAUCCUCUCUGAUAAAACUGGCACCUUGACCUGUAAUCAGAUGGAUUUUUUGAAGUGUUCCAUUGCUGGUACUGCAUAUGGUGUGCGUUCUAGUGAAGUUGAACUUGCUGCAGCGAAACAGAUGGCCAUGGACCUUGAGGAGCAGGAUGUAGAAAUAUCUAAUGGCUCCAGCCUUAAGAACCAUGCUCGUAAUUCAUGGGAGAAUAGCAGUGGAGCACCAGAAAUUGAACUCGAGACUGUCAUUACUUCUGCAGAUGAAAAGGAUCAGAAAACAGCGAUAAAGGGGUUUAGUUUUGAGGACAACCGUCUCAUGGAUGGAAAUUGGUUGAAGGAGCCCAAUACAGAAGUCAUUUUAUUAUUCUUCCGGAUAUUAGCAGUUUGUCAGAGUGCUGUUCCUGAGCUGAAUGAAGAUACUGGCAUUUUCACAUAUGAAGCAGAGUCUCCGGAUGAAGGGGCCUUUCUUGUUGCAGCAAGAGAAUUUGGUUUUGAAUUUUGUAAAAGAACUCAAUCAAGCGUGAUUAUCCGUGAAAAGUUUGCUCGCCCAGGACAACUGGUCGAAAGGGAGUUCAAAAUUCUCAGUUUGUUGGAAUUUACUAGCAAAAGGAAGCGAAUGUCUGUCAUUGUGAGGGAUGAGGAUGGACAGAUUCUGCUCCUGUGCAAAGGUGCUGACAGCAUCAUUUUUGACCGCCUAUCAAAGAAAGGAAGAAUGUACGAGGAAACUACUGCUAAGCACUUGAAUGAGUAUGGAGAAGCUGGGUUGCGCACAUUGGCGCUUGCUUACAAGAAGCUUGAUGAGUCCGAGUAUAAUACAUGGAACAAUGAGUUUAUGAAAGCCAAAACUUCUGUUGUUGCUGAUCGAGAUGGAAUGCUUGAGCGAGUAGCAGAUAUGAUGGAAAGGGAAUUGAUUCUUGUGGGUGCUACUGCUGUUGAGGACAAAUUACAAAAAGGGGUGCCCCAGUGCAUAGAUAAACUCGCUCAAGCUGGCCUCAAGAUAUGGGUUUUGACAGGGGAUAAGAUGGAAACUGCGAUCAAUAUAGGAUAUGCAUGUAGUUUACUUCGACAGGGAAUGAAACAAAUUUGCAUCACAGUGACAAACUCAGAUGCAACAUCCCAAGAUUCCAAACAGGCUGUGAAAGAUAAUAUUUUGCAUCAAAUCACCAAUGCCUCUCACAUGAUUAAACUAGAAAAGGAUCCACUUGCUGCAUUUGCAUUAAUAAUUGAUGGGAAAACUUUGACUUUUGCUCUGGAGGAUGAUAUGAAGCACCAGUUCUUGGCAUUGGCCGUUGAAUGUGCAUCUGUCAUAUGCUGUCGUGUCUCUCCCAAGCAGAAGGCGCUGGUAACAAGAUUAGUGAAAGAAGGAACUGGAAGAACCACCUUAGCUAUAGGUGAUGGUGCAAAUGAUGUCGGAAUGAUUCAAGAAGCUGACAUUGGUGUUGGCAUCAGUGGGGUGGAAGGUAUGCAGGCUGUGAUGGCCAGUGAUUUCUCAAUUUCCCAGUUUCAGUUCUUGGAAAGACUUCUAGUAGUGCAUGGACACUGGUGCUACAAGAGAAUUGCUCAGAUGAUUUGCUAUUUCUUCUACAAAAAUAUAGCAUUUGGUCUCACCCUGUUCUACUUUGAGGCAUUUGCAGCCUUUUCUGGGCAAUCAGUUUACGAUGACUGGUACAUGCUAUUGUUUAAUGUCGUUCUUACCUCCUUACCUGUUAUUUCACUUGGAGUUUUUGAACAAGAUGUUUCUUCAGAGGUCUGCUUACAGUUCCCGGCACUUUAUCAGCAAGGACCCAAAAAUCUGUUCUUUGACUGGUAUAGGAUACUGGGAUGGAUGGGCAACGGUCUCUAUUCCUCUCUUGUUAUUUUCUUCCUCAAUCUUGUCAUCCUGUUUGACCAACCAUUCCGAGCCGAAGGUCAAACUGCUGAUAUGUCAGCGGUGGGCACCACUAUAUUCUCUUGCAUCGUCUGUGCUGUGAACUGCCAGAUCGCACUUACAAUGAGCCACUUCACAUGGAUUCAACACGUUUUUGUCUGGGGCAGCAUUGCCUCUUGGUUCUUGUUUCUCCUACUUUACGGGAUGGUAUCUCCUAUUUAUUCUGGGAAUGCCUACCAAAUUUUAGUUGAAGCUCUUGGUCCAGCACCCAUAUAUUGGUGUUCCAUCAUCUUGGUAACAGUUGCAUGCAAUUUGCCUUACAUGACUCACAUUUCGUUCCAAAGAUGUAUCCAUCCAAUGGAUCACCAUAUCAUCCAAGAAAUCAAGUACUAUAGGAAGGAUGUUGAAGAUCAAACCAUGUGGAGAAGAGAGCGGUCGAAGGCGAGACAAGAAACCAAGAUUGGUUUCUCAGUGAGGGUGGAUGCAAAGAUAAGGCAAUUAAAAGGGAAGUUGCACAAGAAGCAUUCAACUUUAGUAACGCAAAGUUAUGCAUCUUCCCCAUCAUAACCUUUUCCAAUCUUUUUUUUUUCAUUCCUUUUCUUUUUCUUAUUUUUGAAAAGCUUUUAGGGUUUUUAGGCGUUUGCAGUUUCAAUCAUUGCCCUUGUAACGAUUCAUUUUGCAGUGAUUUUUUAUGUGGUCAAGUCCCAUUCACUCCAUUAUACAGAAGCCCGUUUACUAUGUACACUACCUAUAUAACCUUCCAGAAGUUUAACAGCUUGUUAAAAUAGUUGAUAUGUAUAACAUUGAUGUUCUUCUUUUCUCCC